AGAUGAUUUGCAUAAACAAAAAGGGGUACGAGACUAUGACAGAGAGAAUCACAUUCACCCUCUUCUUCCUAUGAAUUCUCCCAUUUAGAUCCUUAAACCCACAGUUUCAUUCACCAAAUAUGAUGGAUUUGAUCUCAUGCUACAGUCAAUACGCAGUACAAGUCUCUGAAUCAUCGUCAUGUUCAAGCUAUACAACUGCUUCUUCAUGUAUAAUUUCCCCCAAUUUGAUCCCAUCCACCCAAACCGCCGUCUGUUGUUUGUAUAAAACCACCCUCUCCACCGGUGAACACCACUUCAUCACCGUCACAUGGUACCGGAACGCCACCACCCAAGGCUUGCAGAUCAAUUCCGGCGACGACUCCACAACGGCCUUCCGUCUAAACACGCAUUCCAGACUCUUCCGUAAGAAAAAGGGCAACAAGUCGUUCGAAAUCAACGAUUCGAAAUUCGAAGUUUACUAUGAUCUCUCAUCGGCUCAGUACGGCGCCGGAGCAGAGCCGGUAGAAGGUUACUACGUUUUGCUCAUGGUUGAUUCCGAACUCGGAUUGUUAAUCGGAGACAUGCCUGAGGAGUCCACCGUUAAGAAACUCAAAACCAAUAAACAGAUGGGGAAAUUCUCUUUGCUUUCCCGGAAGGAACACUUUUCCGGCAACACCCAUUACACAACAAAAGCUCAAUUUUCCGAUACCGGAAGUUCGCAUGAUAUUCUGAUCCGGUGCACCGGAGAAAACGAAGGGUUGAAGUACCCAGUUCUAGUGGUUUACAUCGACAAACGGGUCGUGAUUCGGGUGAAGAGGUUACAAUGGAAUUUCAGAGGGAAUCAGACCAUUUUUUUAGAUGGAUUGUUGGUGGAUUUGAUGUGGGAUGUUCAUGACUGGUUCUUCAACACAGAAUCCGGGUCCGGGUCGGGUCAUGCAGUGUUCAUGUUCAGAACAAGGAGUGGGUUGGAUAGCAGGUUGUGGUUGGAAGAGAAGAUUGUGAAGAGUGAUGAUGAACAGAAAAAAGGAUUCUCAUUGUUAGUUUAUGCAACUAAAAGCUAAGUUCAUAUUUCUCUUUGUAGAUUUUCUUCUCAAUUUGAUGUGAAUUUUUGUCAAAUUAUCAUAUAAAUUAUUUUUUAGACUAAUAAAGCUUACAAUCAACUCAUACCACAUGCAAUAAAACUUGUACAUCCUCAUCAUCGAUCUGAUCAUGUGUUAACCCAUUUAAAUUCAUAUCAUUUUUAUCA